AUGGCCAGCAAUGAUUCCCCCAGACCACAGUUCCUUGCGCCUCCUGCCGUCACAGCGCUACGGCAGGAGGCUCGGAAUAUCGACCCGAAGAUGGUUCGAACAUUGAGCGACAAUAUGCGAGAGGAACGUGAGGACUUGAAAGAAGCGGCCGAACAGACAUUGAACAUCAUUGUGGAUAUGGACCUGGAUGGUUGCAUCAAAUGGGUCAGCCCGUCGUGGAAGCAGGUGGUUGGCUCAUCCCCCGAGUCAGUGGAGGGACAUAUGAUAUCGGAAAUCCUGUUAGGCAACAAGGAUGUGUUUCGCGAUGCGAUCGAAUCCAUGAAACAGGAUGAUUCGCGGAGUCGUUUCAUUCGCUUCGCCGUUCAGAUGGGACCGGAUUCGGUUCUGAAGUACUCGCCUGAACCAUCACCGGUGGCUACACAGAACCAGACGGCUGGAGAAGAGUCAGACGACAGGGAGGAGUCCCAGGAGCAGGAGCAAGAGCAUAAUCACAAUGUGCUCAACAUGGAGGGGCAGGGAAUCAUGGUCUAUGACCGAACAGACGAUGAAGCUGGCCAUACCAUGUGGAUGCUACGACCGCUUACCGAGCCAAGAGAAGUGACGAUCGAUCUGCCGCCUCUACUGGUGGAGUCGUUGGGUGUUGGAGCAGAGGUGCUGGCAAAUUAUCUGACAGAAUUGGCCGAGGCUGCAGCGACAGAACCCGAUCCUGCCAAACAUCCAGCCCCAACUCCCGUCCUCUGUCGCAUCUGUGAACGCCAGAUUACGCCAUGGUGGUUCGAGAAACACUCGGAUCUGUGUCUGCAGGAACAUCGGGCUGAGAUGGAGGUACAAAUGGCACAGGAAAAUCUCAAUGAGCAUCGGCAUCUCAUUGUCAAGGUCUUGGAUGCUUUGGAGGCCCGACAAGGCAGACCUUUCAUCGGCAACGAUGGAAAUCCAAUACCCCUCCCUCAAGCGGAGUACAAGGGAUUAGCCAUCGGCCCCUCGACUUCUAGCUCUGCGCCGUCUUCCGGCCCUGUCUCAGGCAGUAAUUCAGCGCCCGGCACCCCGCCUCGGUCGCGAGAGCAUUCCGCCUCUGGUGCUAUUCCAAAUCGACCCCGCUCCUUUACAGUACGGAGACCACUGGCUCGCAUUGUAGAACUCGUUCUUGACCUGUGCGAUACUUCACUGGAGAUUAGUAUGCCGAUGAUAAAGGAAUCUUCCCGGACAGACACAGAGGACUUCCGAACGUUGUCACCACAAUCUGAAUCGCGGAUCUCCCAGGUUCUUCAGUGGCAGUCCCCCAGCGCCAACACUUUAGAACAAGAACAGGGCUUGGCGGCUUUGUCGGCAGACACCGAACAAGCUGCCAAGGCAAAAGUUGAUGCCGUUGUACGUCAUCGCAAGAUUGUCGAAUAUGCCGAACGAAUUCGCAUAGAAUACACCGUUUUGGUUGAGGAAUGCAUUGCGGCCGCACUAAGCAAAGCGGAACGCAUAGCUGCUGGUCAGCUCAGCGAUUCCUCGUGCUCAUCCGACGAGGAAGUGGCGCCCGAGAACAAUAUCGACAGCAAAGUCGCCCCGGACGAUAAACAUAGUAUUGCCGAGGAAGAGUCGCUCUCACGAAUCAUGAGCCACGAAUUGCAACAGAAGGCAUAUCCAGCGGCACCUUCUCCGCGGCGACCGACAUCUGCGCUGACUUUGUCAAUGCGCAAUUCACCAGAUCGGUCUUUCCUCUCACAAUCGGAACGCAGACCAUCCUCGGCAGCAGUAUCCACGGGUUCGAACAGCCCAUUAGAAUGUCCCACCCCACGAUCUCAUAAGAGUGCUGCAGGACUUCUGGGUACAUCGCAACCUUCUCGAUUGGGCCUUUCCCUAGCAGAGAUCGAUGCUGGCGACAGUAGCGAUGGCAGUUUACCGUCUUCUGCCUUCACGGGAGCUGUCAGGACCGACUCACCUUCGUCUGAGAGGAGCUUCGAUCGAAAGCGCCGGAGCCUGGUACUGCCCGGACUUUCGAGCUCCCCUCGUCGGCAGCCUUCUCCCGCUCGAGGUUCGGGCCCGCACUCCCCGUUGCGCAUGCCCAAGCCCCGUAUGUCUAGCGGUGCUGAAAGCCUGCCAUCUCCCGUUGCAUCUCCAUCUACAUACGCAAGUGAGUUGGCCCUUCAUCACUGCCGCCACCAUCGCCGACAGUCCUCGGCAAACUCUUCAGAUGUUACGAAGCCACCACCCUCCCCACGCCUAUCUUCGAUGAGCCAGCAACAACCUCGGCCUGCCCCAUUGUCUAUUCGCGAUUUUGAAAUCAUCAAACCAAUCAGCAAAGGUGCUUUCGGUAGUGUCUACUUGGUGAAAAAGAAGGCCACCGGUGAGUAUUAUGCAAUGAAAGUUCUGAAGAAGGCCGACAUGAUUGCCAAGAACCAGGUCACCAACGUCAAAGCCGAACGUGCCAUCAUGAUCAAAGAUUAUCUUUAUUUGGUGAUGGAAUAUCUCAAUGGAGGUGACUGUUCGUCACUCGUCAAGGUGCUUGGGGGUCUCCCCGAGGACUGGGCCAAGAAGUACGUCGCGGAGGUUGUGCUUGGAGUUGAACACCUUCACAGCCGAGGCAUUGUGCAUCGCGAUCUAAAACCCGAUAACCUUCUGAUCGACCAAACGGGUCAUUUGAAAUUGACUGAUUUUGGACUCUCACGCAUGGGCUUGGUCGGUCGUCAGAAAAGGGUGUUGAAGAACCCCGAUGAGUCUGCCCCAGACCUGCUGAAGCAAAAUUCCUUCCCCCGCGCCAUAUCGAUUACAUCUUCUCGAUCGGCAUCAUUCGACUUCCAGGCGAGCGCAUCACCUGGCUCUACUCCAUUGAUUACCCCGGAAGUGUCCGCCAGUGCCGUCCAGCCAUCCUAUUUCAGCCUUAACCAAGGUGCUUCGACCCGACAGAGCUCUCGGCGAGCUUCGGGAUACCGCAGCGAUAGCAUGGGCAGUGAUGGUUUCAAUGGAAUGUUUCGGACGUUUUCCCUCAAUGACAAUGCCCACGAACCUUCUGCGUCAUCACCGAGUAUGUUUUCAACCAGCAUGGUUGAAGAAGAGGGCCAAAGCGAGGCUGGCGAGUCUCCUCGCCUUCAACCCCUGCAGCCAACAUUCAGCAAUCCAAUGGCGCAGAAUACUCCUCCCCAGCAGAGCAUGAUGCCUCCAGUGAUGGCUCUUUUUGACCCCGAAGAUCACGAUCGCCGUUUUGUCGGCACCCCUGACUACCUAGCCCCGGAAACUAUCAACGGUGUUGGGCAAGAUGAGAUCAGUGACUGGUGGUCACUAGGAUGCAUCAUGUUUGAGUUUAUCUUUGGAUACCCACCUUUCAACGCGGAUACUCCAGAUCAGGUCUUUGAUAACAUUCUCCAUCGCAGAAUCAAUUGGCCUGACGACCCAGAGGAGUAUACUUCAGCAGAAUCAUUGGAUCUCAUGAACAAGCUCAUGACUCUCAAUCCUCGCGACAGAAUUGGAGCCAAUGUGGAAGAGAAGUUCCCGAAUGGCGGCGCAGAGAUAUGUAGUCAUUCUUGGUUUUCUGAUAUCAAUUGGGAUACGCUGCUAGAAGACAAAGCGCAAUUCGUCCCCAACAUCGAGAACCCGGAGGAUACCGAGUACUUCGAUGCCCGUGGCGCUACUCUUCAGGCUUUUGCAGAGGAGUUAGAAGAUGAGAACUCGCCGCAGCCAUCAGUCGCCGCUGGUCCUGACCGGCCUCAUGACGCACUGUUCAAGGUCCGCUCCCAAGUCAACUCGUCAAAACGACCAUUUAUGCCGCUUCACAUUCCUCCUCAUGUUCGUGAUGCUCGGGAUUCACGAAGUCGAAGACUAAGCGAACCGGCUUUGGCCGAUGAUUUCGGCAGCUUCAACUUCAAGAAUCUUCCGAUGCUAGAGAAGGCCAAUAAAGAUGUAAUCCAGAAGAUGCGCCAGGAGGCUCUGCAGGCGCAGCACCGACAAUCUAAUGGAUCGUCGGCCGCUCAAACGUCGGCCACUUCAUCCCAGCCCUCAUUGGAAGGGAGCCCGCUGCCCAUAUCACUCCAGCGAACUUUGUCACAGAACAAGGGCAAUAAUCGACCUUCUUCCCCAUCAGGCCUGAGUCAGACAAACUCAUCCCCCAGCAGGCCAUCCCAGCCAUCUUCUCCCCUCCUAGUUCAGUUCAGCACUGGGGCUAACCACGAACGGCGCAAGACGUCCGGCUCCUCGUCAGCCUCUCACCAAUCAAAUGGGGCAUUCCAACCUUCCUCUGCUGACCAGGGCCGUAUGCCCAAUCUGAGACUAGGCUCAGUGGCAUCCUCUCCUGUCAAGCCCAACCGAAUCCCAGCCCAUUCGCCCGAUAAGACGGGCAACAACCAACGCCAGGGCAGCGUCCCAGCAAGCCGUACCCGAUCGCAUACUAUCGGCUCCCAGGAUGGAGAAGCGUCCUCGUUCCCAAAAGAACCUUUCGUGCCGCAUCACCACAAGCGCCGGAGUCAACUCUUUGAUAUCUCACCUUCAUCUUCUGACAAUGAGGAUCCACGUACAAAAGCACUCUUGAAGGUCCAACGUCGGAGACAAAGUUCUCGACGGUUAUCACAAAUCAACAUUCUAGAAGGGCCCUUUUUCCGGCCAUUGGACGUGCUCAUUUGUGAAGACCAUCCUGUCUCGCGGCUGGUCAUGGAACGCCUGUUCGAAAAACUUCGCUGUCGAACGAUUACGGUUACAAAUGGCGCAGAGGCUGUCAGAUACGCUCUUAGUGAGGUUCAAUUCGAUAUAAUCAUGACUGAAUAUCGACUUCCUCAAGUCAACGGGGUUGACUUUGCGCGAAUGGUGCGCGAGACGCGCAGCGCCAACAGACAUACCCCGAUCAUUGCUGUUACAGGCUAUUUGAAAGAUCUUCCGGAGAAUCACAAUUUCGAUGCCCUGAUCCAAAAGCCGCCGACUCUACCCAAGCUCACCGAGGCGCUUUCCCAGUGGUGCAUGUGGAAACCUCCUCCACCGGACUACAAUCCCUCCCAGCCUGUUCCUGCUCCGGGCUCUGGUGCUCGGGCUACAGCCGUGACAACCGAGGACAGUCCUAGUUCCACAUCCUCUGGGUUUGUUCUCAACCCCCCAGCUCUUACCGCGGGUCCAGCCGCGAUGAUUCCCUCAGCAGCAGCCACCGGCGGCCAUGGAUGCAGCUGGGGGCUCACGCCCCGGAGGCAGCGGUCAAGCGAAUCCAUACGUGCCAAACGGGAAUCCCUCGAGAAGAAACGGUAUGAGGGUGCGGAAUCGGGUGACGAUGAAGACGAAGAACUUGGCAAUUCCCAAACACGUCGCAGCCCACCCUCUCGAAAUCGCCGUCCCGGCUCUAAACUGGGGAUUGAGAUGAUGCGGACCAACAGCCGAGGCAGCGUUGUCAGUGGCAGCGAGGAACUCCUGAAGAAGGAGAGGGAGGCUCUUCGAAACCAAGCCUCCGCCGACCACGAAGGCAGCGAUGGCUCUUUGGGUUCUCCGGUUAGCACGAGUCUAGAGGAUCAUUUUGAGGCCCUCAGUAUUCCCGAGGAAUCGGAAGGCGAAGAGUCAGUCAGUCCCGGUGCGUCCUCUCCAAGGUUUGGAGCAUCUGCGUCUCAGCCUCAUCGGCCCUCUCUGGUACAUCAGGAUACCUCGAUCUACUCCGGACCUUCCCGGCGUCGUACAUCGAAGACGAGCUCGCCACCGUUGAGUCAGGGCCAAACCACACCCCCGUGGGACCUGCCCCAGAGCAACAUCUCCCAUCAGACUAGCCUGCCCAUCACCCCUGAAGUCAAGAUCUCUGGCAACACGGUGACCCGGGACGCUGAUUCAGGCGUGGAUGCCGACUGUAGUCCCACACCGGACGCUGACGCGACCCCACGACCUCUUCAUCCUUCUCCCAGCCUUGACCCGGAGCAGACGCCUCGUCCAGUGGAGCGUAAUCGCUCGGACUUGAGCUUCACAUUCAAAAGAUAG